UUAUCUCACUGUUCUAUUUUUUUCCUCAUUUGUGUUAACCCUUUCUUACAUUUUUUUAAACUUCUAGGUCUUCUCAGAAGUGGUAGGAGACAAACGUUCCUUUGUAAACGGCCAAGAUGGUAAGUUUUCAAGGGAGCUUUUAAAGCCGAGCUGAAAUAUUUGAAAUGUGGAAUACUCUUGACCAUGAAAUAUGUUCUACUUACAUGCCUCAGCCUCUAAAAGUUCUUUGCAUUAGAGUGAGGGAUUACAUUGUUCCUGGAGCCAAGCACGGGGCCAGCUGUGUAAGUAAGAAACAAGCUGCACUUCUCUUUGGGGAAGCUGACAGGAGUUUAAAAGGUUUGUUGUGGCGAGGGUCACAAACGUUCCCAACUCCAUCACCAACCCUUUACUUCCAUCUCUACCCGCUGGAGACCACUUAAGACACCUAAGAGGAGGCGACAGCUGAUUUCAGGAAACCAUGCAUCAUGUCAGCAAGAGCCAACUGCAGACUUUAAACUCCAAUCAACAUGUGGAUGCGGCAGAGAAAUGACCCGUCCAGACAAGCCAGGACAGCUCAUAAACUGGUUCGUCUGCACCCUGUGCGUCCCGCGGGUGCGUAAACUUUGGAGCAGCCGGCGUCCAAGGACCCGGAGGAACCUCCUGCUGGGCACUGCCUGCGCCAUCUACCUGGGCUUCCUGGUGAGCCAGGUGGGGCGCGCCUCCCUCCGGCACAGACGGGCAGCAGAAAAGGGGCCACACCAGAGCCGCGACACCGCCGAGGCACCCUUCCCUGAGAUACCCUUGGAUGGGACCCUGGCCCCUCCGGAGUCCCAGGGCAAUGGCACCACCCUGCUGCCCAAUGUGGUGUACAUUACUCUACGCUCCAAGCGCAGCAAGCCCGCCAAUAUACGUGGCACGGUGAAACCAAAGCGCAGGAAGAAGUAUGCAGUGGCAUCUCCAGCCGCAGGACGGGAGGCUUUGGUCAGACCAUCCCUUCAGCCGCAGGAAGGUGCAAGGGCAGCUGAUGCCGAAGCGCCCGCGUACAUCCAGGGAGGAAACCUAGCGAAGGUCGGGGAACGACCCUGGAGGUUGAUAAAAGGUCCGGGAGUGCGAGGUGGGGGCUCAGAUUUCCAGCUGCCCAAGGCCAGGGAGAGCAACAUCAGGAUCUACAGCGAGAGCGCCCCCUCGUGGCUGAGCAAAGAAGACAUCCGCAGAAUGCGCCUGUUGGCGGAUGGCGCAGUGGCGGGCCUCCAGCCAGUGUCCCCAAAGAGCCGAGCGCGCUUGCUGGUGCUGGAGGGGAACACCGCUGGCUCUGUGCCUGGCUGCGGUCCUCGUCCCUGUGGGCUGGUCAAGCAGCCUUUGGACAUGAGUGAGGUGUUUGCCUUCCACCUGGACAGGAUCCUGGGGCUCAACAGGACCCUGCCUUCUGUGAGCAGGAAAUCAGAGUUCAUCCAAGAUGGCCGCCCUUGUCCUGUCAUCCUCUGGGAUUCAUCUUUAUCUCCAACAAGUAAUGAGACCCACUCUUCUAUUAAGCUCACCUGGGGAACUUAUCAGCAGUUGCUAAAACAGAAGUGCUGGCAGAAUGGCCGAGUACCCAAGCCCGAGUGGGGUUGUACUGACGUACAUCACCACGAGUGGUCCAAGAUGGCCCUCUUUGAUUUUUUGCUACAGAUUUAUAAUCGCUUAGAUACGAAUUGCUGUGGAUUCAGACCUCGAAAGGAAGAUGCCUGUGUACAGAAUGGACUGAGGCCGAAAUGUGACGACCAAGAUUCUGUGGCUCUAGCACACAUUAUCCAGAGAAAGAAUGACCCAAGGCAUUUGGUCUUCAUCGACAACAAAGGUUUCUUCGACAGAAGUGAAGAUAACUUAAACUUCAAGUUGUUAAAAGGCAUCAAAGAGUUUCCUGAAUCUGCAGUUUCUGUUUUGAAGAGCCAGCACUUACGGCAGAAGCUCCUUCAGUCUCUCUUUCUUGAUAAAGUUUAUUGGGAAAGUCAAGGAGGUAGACAAGGAAUUGAAAAGCUUAUCGAUGUAAUAGAACAAAGAGCCAAAAUUCUCCUCACCUACAUCAAUGCACAUGGGGCCAAAGUAUUACCUAUGAAUGAAUAAUAAAAAGAUGUCCUGGCUAGAGUACUAGAUACAUUUGUGUGUUUUUGUUUUUAAAUCAAGUAUGCAAACCUCAAGUCCUUUUAGAAACGAGGCAAUGUAGAUUAAUACAUAAAAUAAAUGAAUUUAAUCAAGUGUAUGUGACUGGCCUGAGCACUAUAAGCCUACUUAUAAAGAAAAACAUACUCCUCAAAAAGUUUGCUUAUAUUUUUUUACUAACAUCAUGUCAUGUGAGUCUCAACAUCUGAUUGCAGAAUAUAUGCAAUUAUUAUUCUAACUAGCUUUGUAAAACAUUUGUCAUGUUGUUUAAUAGAACAGCAUAAACUGACUCCUUUAAUAAAUUAUAUUUAUGCCAUUUUUGCUCGUCCGACCAAAUACUGAUGGGAAUGAUUCUUGACAUUUUUUUGUUGUUGCCAAUUAUUAAAACAAAGUAGUCCUAGUGCUUACCUAACUCUACAAAAGAAAACUGAGGCACAUGAUCUGCAAAUACAUUAGUGCAUACAAUGAUUCUAAAUAGAAAUGGUGAGUUAUUUGCAAAACAAUCAAUGUAUAUUUUAUUGUAUCUAUAAAUAAUCAGGCAUUUCUGUAAUUCUGAGCAGCGAGAAUCACAUAUUCCAUUCCUUUUUAGAAAUUUAUUUUGUCAGUGUAGAAAUCAUCCAAAUCUGACAAUUUAUACAUUAGGUAGUUUACUCUCUCAAUUUUGGUACAAUUUAUGUCUAGUGGCUUAGAAAUUAAGUAAUUUUAAGGUAUGAAGUUACCUAUUUGAAGCUAUACUUACAGAGUAUCUUUUUUAAAAUGGAUGCUCUUUUUAAACAUUUUGUUAGUUUUAAAAAGGAUGAACUAUAAAUUCUGUACAUUUCAUUAAUAAUAGUGAUUUCUUUAAAUUCGUUAUGUGUAAUUAUGUUUAAACUAAUUUAAUUGAUAUUGCCUAGAUAAUGACAGUAGGACCAGAUAUUGAGUGUGUUUGAAUAUAUUGUUUGGCUUAUUCCAAUAUGAGAAAUAUGAACAAAAUAAAUUAAAACCUGCCUCUGAUAAAUUCUCUUCAAGGAAAACACAUGACUAGAACUAAAAUGGCAAAUUUAGAUACUAUUAAACCUUAAAUAAUUCUCUCCAAACUCCCUGUACUAAACUUUUAAUUACGUGGAAGGAUUUGGAGCUACAGUAUUUGUGUGUUGGGUCUUUAUAUCCUUGGAAGAUACCCACAUCAUCAUAUAAGAUAGAUAGAUGUUCAUAUAGUGGUUUCAAAUCUUGAACAAAUCACUACUCUCCCACCCCCACACACCUGAUACCUUAUUUAAAAGCUGAUAUGCUGACUUUUUCUUUCCCUGAAAGUUUGAAAAUACAAUUUAAGAAUGUUUUUAGUAAGAGGAAGAACAUACCUAUAGAUUCUAAUUUAUACAAAAGUAUAGGGGCAAAAUGUCAAAAUAACAUGUUAACUACAAAAGAAGAUAGACUAAGGAGAUUGGGAUCAUUUGAUCAUCUAAUUAUAACUUUAUCAGACUUUUUCAAAUAUUACAUUUUAGCCCGCUUAUGUGCUGGGCUGACCUUUGGAGGUUUGGUCUUCAGACCAUUCUCUUGUUUGAUUUUCUUUCUGUAGAACUGAUUUCCUCCCUCUGAUCCCGCAGCUUCAGAGUACUCUGGCUGUGUCGAGUCUCCACUUUUAAAUACAAAUACCCAUUGUAUCUGGGUUUUUUAAGGUUGCUUUUUUUCUCUGUCAUUAUAUUGAUGAAAAAUUAGCCUAACAAAAGUUUGGGGUCCCAGGUUCUACUUUGAGCCACUGACAUGAAAUAACUCUGUCAAGUUGCCUUACACCUUGUCUUAUCAAAAUGGUAUAUUUGCAUUUUAAUACGUUUUUAUGGAAUAUAUCAUUUUCAUCCAAAUUUGUGACAUUGGCGGUAGGAAUUCCAGGCUUCUUAGAAGUCAGCUUUAAUUUUGUCUCAAACUACCUGCUUUUGGGCAGCUUGGUCCUCUCAUAUGUGGGUCUGGCUUUGUUUAUUUGCAUUCCAAAAUACUUAACAUUAAAUAAAAGGUUUGGGAACUCA